AUGUUGCUGUCAGUCAAGGCCACAUACCUCCACGUGCAUCCUGCAGUUCAGAUGAGGUUCACUGUCAUGUUGGACUUGAGUUCCCACCGAGGCGGACCGGAUGCAGACCCCAUCGGGGAUCCUGUUCAGGUGCUGAUGAGGACUGAAGGUGUUGAGUCUGUGCAGCUCAGACAGCUCCUGCCUGUGCUCCCUCCAGAGUGUGCGCCGGGGGGCCACACGGUCCUGCAGAACCCCUACCGCAGCACCACCUUCAGCUCCAGCUGGCUGCAGCAGUCGGCCCUGCAGGACUUCAUCUGCGACCACUCCCUCGCCGCGGGCUGGUACCAGUUUCAGAUCUUUGACAAGCCGGCCGCCAUGCCCACCCAGUGCGUGGAGGUGAAUCACUGCGGGACUCAGGCUCCGGUGUGGCUGUCCCUGGGAGACGGGGAGUCCCUGCCGGGCCCUCUGGAGGUCAGACAGCUGAUGGCCUGCGCUACCUGGCAGUUGUUCCAGAGCAGCAGCAAAGACUGCUGCAUGUUUCGCCUCCCGGUCAGCGUGCGGAACUGUGGAGACUUCUACGUUUACCUGCUGCAGCCAACACAGGGCUGCAUGGCGUACUGCGCACAGGAGGCACCGGACUCCUCUCCGACAGCGCAAUCGAGCUGCGGCCCUGACGAAGCCAGCGCCGAUGGAAGCUGUAAAAAAAGUCCGCCUCCCGCUCCGUCUGUGCCAGUGAUCGGCUCCGAGGUGACGGGUUCCUCCGUCCACCUGAGGUGCAGCUUCGUCAGCGGCUCCAACGGCUCGCUGGGCUUCGUGGUGGCCUGGUCCCGCCUCCUCUCCGGGGGCCGGAGGGAGGAGCUCAAGCAGGAGACCACCAUCCAGACCUCCGCCCUUAUCGAGCUGGACGGCUUCAACCUCCGCCUCGGGGAUAGAAUUUUCUGCUCCAGCUCCAGUUUCUUCUUGGACUCGCCUGACGUCCGCAGUGCUGCAGUGGAAAGCCAGGAAUUCUUCGCUGGGAUCAGAUUGAUACCAGAGUCGAGUCGCGUCUCAGAGGAUGGGAGGCUUUAUGAGCUGGUUGUUGAGAGCACGGUUCCUCUCCCAUGUCCAGAGAGGUCUUCUUCUCCUUCUUCUUCUUCUUCCUCUUCCACAGAGCCGUGCACGCUCUCCAUGCAUCUCAGCACCAGCAGUCCAGACGCCGGCCUGCUGGGUGCAGAUGUGUCUCUCUCCUCCUGCGCGGUGGAUCUGCCUCAGGGCCCCUGCAGGGACGGCCUCUGCAGCCGGGCUCUGCUCCGCUUCAGCCCCGUCACGGAUUUCGUGAAAGACGGUGAAAGGACGACUCAGAUCUCCGUUAAACCUGUCGUCACACGCAACUUUCUCUGGAACGGUUACUCACCGGAGCCUGUUGAGAUCACAGUUGAGGACGUCCCCUCAGCCUACUGCUAUUCCUUCACUGAUCCUCACGUCAUCACGUUUGAUGGCAGGUAUUAUGAGAACUACCAGAUUGGCACUUUCGUGCUCUAUAAGAGCCGCUUCUCGCCGCUGGAGGUCCACGUGCGUCAGUGGGAGUGCGGCAGCGUGCUGCACGCCGCCUCCUGCGUGUGCGGCUUCGCGGCGAGGCACGGCGGCCACGUUCUGACUUUCGACAUGUGCGACGGCGAGAUGGGUGAAACCGAGCCUCGGCUGAGCGUGAAGAGCAAAGACCUGAACGGGACGAACGUCCGGAUCACCAAGUCUUACCAAGGACGCAAAGUCACAAUGACGUUCUCGUCCGGAGCUUUCGUGCGAGCUGACGUGUCGGACUGGGGAAUGAGUCUGACGGUUCGGGCCCCCGGCUCGGACAGGGGCCACACCCAGGGUCUGUGUGGGACCUACGAUGGACAGGCGGACAAUGACUUCCAAACAGCAGGGGGCGCCAGACUGGAGGAAGCGCAGGCUUUCAUCUCAGCGUGGAGACUCCCUCCAGGAAACAGCCUCUUCGACUCUGUGCCAUCUGAUCUGAGCCCACCGAGCCCCCGCAAAUACUGUACCUGUCAGGCGGAGCCGCACACCUCCUCCUCCUCCUCCUCCUCUUCCUCCAGAGCCAGAUCUCCACCAGCAGCUUCCCCUGACUCCACCUGCUCCGCUGACGGUAAUGUGCGUUUCUCCACCGCCAUUCCCGCCGUGGAUGUCACAGCUCUGCACUUUGGCUCGGCGAAGCCACUAGAAGAGAGCUCGAGGCGGAAUCGCCCCAGGCAAGGAGCCCAUGGUCGGCGUCAAGCCGUGACGACGACUCGGCGCCAACAGCGCAGGGGCAGGCGCCAGACCCACGCCCGCCGAAACUCCCGCCUGGAGGGCUUCUCCUAUUUCUUCCCAGAGGACCACGAGCCAGCGGUCCAGCCGGACUCCUCCCCGGCGUGGCCCACGCCCUCAGGCCUGACGGAGCGGCAGGCCCGGGCGCAGUGCCGCCACACCGUGGCGAACUCCAGCAUCGCGGCGGGCUGCGGGCGCCUGCUGGGAGCGCCGCUGGUCGGCCGCGCCGUCGCCAUGUGCGUCGCCGACCUGCAGUUGAAGGACGAGCAGUCGUGGCUGAACGCCACCCUGCCGCUGCUGGAGAACGAGUGCGAGAGGAGGCAGGUGGAGGAGAGCGGGAGGAGCGAGGAGCUCCGGGACGUCCUGGCCGCCCUCAGGUGUCCCGGUCUGUGCAGCGGGAACGGGCAGUGCUCGGAGUGGGGCUGCGUCUGCUUCCCGGGGUUUGGAUCGUACGACUGCAGCGCGCUGUCUGAUCAGAUCCCAGAGAUCACCCGGCUGGAGGAGGAGGGCCUGUGCGACGUGCGCCGAGGCGGCUGCUCCGCCGUGCAGGUCCACGGACAGAGCUUCAAGGACUCCUACGAGCUCAAGUGUGAGUUUGUUAAAGAAAAGUUUGUGGACGGGGAGUGGAUCCUGGACGAGCCUCGCUUUGUCCCAGCAGCGUUCCUGGAUGCUUCGACGCUGGAGUGCCGGCUCCCCCUGGAGGACGGCGCGGCUCCUGCAGGCGUGGAUCUGGAAGACGUGUCCAACAGGCCGCUGGCCCGCUGGCAGAUCAAAGUUUCCAACGAUGGCUACAGCUACAGUAACGCCAAGAUACUGACUAUGUACGACGGAGCCUGUCAGAUCUGCAGCCUCGACACCGAGGUGCUCUGUACCCUCAAGGAGAAAACCUGCAACAUUGACGGUCUGUGUUACAGCGAGGGGGAGUCCCAUCCCACCAGCCCGUGUCUCACAUGCCGCCCAGACAUGUCCAAACACACAUGGUCCACAGCAGAGAAAAACGAGCCCCCGUCGCUCCAGCCGCCUCCAUUUCCUCUCCGCUCUUUUGAAGGGGAGAAUUUCAUCUACCAGCUCGAGGCCCGGGACCCAGAGGGCUCGUCCGUCCUCUUCACGCUCCUAUCAGGCCCUGAAAGCGCCUCUCUGUCCCCAGCCGGACUGCUGAUGUGGAAGGCCAGGAGUGAGCCGACAGACACACAGACUUUCCACUUCACCGUGUCCGACGACUGCCAGGCUGAGAAGAGCGCGUCUGUGGAGGUGUCCGUGCGGCCCUGUGACUGUCUGAACGGAGCUUCCUGUGCCGCCAACGUCCACCUCCCUGCCGGCAGCGGCGAGUACGUGUGCGUGUGUCCCGACGGGUUCCGAGGGGAGAGGUGCGAGGUGGACGUCGACGACUGCAAACCGAACCCCUGCAGACUGGGACGCUGCAUCGACCUGCCCAACUCCUUUUCCUGUGUCUGCCCACUCGGGAUGACGGGCCGAACAUGUCGUGAAGACAUAAACGAGUGUGUCUCUCAGCCGUGUUUCCCCGGAGUGGAGUGUAGUAACACGCCGGGCUCCUUCACCUGUGGACCGUGUCCUCAAGGACAUCGCGGUGAUGGGAAGACCUGCCUCCACUCUUCAGUGGAUGUUUUGAUGACCCCAGCCAGGAUACCGCAGCCUCCAUCGAGGCCCAGACCUCCGGGCCCGACGCCGUGCAGCGGAGCGCCGUGUUACCCCGGCGUUCUGUGCUUUGAGAGCGUGCACGUCUCGGCGGGCUUCGUCUGCGGGCCCUGCCCUCCGGGACUCAGUGGAAACGGACAGAUGUGCACUGCAGCAGGUCAAGGGGCAGCAGUCCUGGAUUUUCACAUCACCGAGUCAGAUUCCAGCCGGGAGAGGUCUUCCUCCUCCUCCUCCUCCUCCUCCUCCUCCUCGUCUGCCGCCUCACCCAGACGCCACCCGGACACCAGGACCCUCCCCAGGAAGACCACCACCUCUCAGGACCACACUGCAGCCACGGCGUUGACCCCCGCCGUCCACAGGGGUCAGCCCGGCGGGGAGCCGACCUCUGACCUCUCCGCAGGGGUCGGCGUGGGGUCGAGUCAUGUGACCUGUGCCGAGUCGCCCUGCUUUCCCGGUGUGCCCUGCGAGCCCGCCGGGUCCGGCUCCUUCAGGUGCGGACGCUGUCCUCACGGCUACACCGGGGACGGAGUCACCUGUAAAGCUGUGUGCAGGUACCAGUGCGGGAGGAACAUGGAAUGCUCGCUUCCCAACACCUGCACCUGCAAGGAGGGCUACACCGGAUACAACUGCCACAUCGCUGUGUGUCGACCCGACUGCACCAACCAGGGGAAGUGUGUGAGGCCCAAUGUGUGUGAAUGUCCUGCGGGCUUCGGCGGUCCCACCUGUCGGGACGCGAGCUGCGAGCCUCCGUGUCAGCAUGGAGGCACCUGCCUGGCCAGAAACCUGUGUACCUGCCCCUACGGCUACGUGGGACCCAGAUGUGAAAUCAUGGUGUGUAACAGGCACUGUGAGAACGGAGGCGAGUGUGUUUCUCCUGAUGUCUGCAAGUGCAAACCGGGCUGGUCGGGACCGACGUGCUACUCAGCGGUGUGUAAGCCCGUCUGUCUGAACGGAGGAACGUGCGUCAAACCAAACAUCUGCGCCUGUCCCGGCGGCUUCUACGGCUCUCAGUGUCAGAUUGCCGUUUGCAGCCCUCCGUGCAAAAACGGCGGUCAGUGCAUGAGAAACAACGUGUGCUCCUGUCCUGAAGGCUACACCGGGAAGCGCUGCCAGAAGAGUGUGUGUGAGCCGAUAUGCAUGAACAGAGGAAAGUGUGUGGGUCCCAACACGUGCUCCUGUGCUUCAGGGUGGAGGGGGGCGAGGUGCAACAUCCCCGUGUGUCUGCAGCGGUGCAGGAACGAUGGCGAGUGUGUGGGACCGAACACGUGCCACUGCCGUCCCGGCUGGGAGGGCCUCCACUGUCAAACCCCGGUGUGUAAACAGCGGUGUCUGAACGGAGGACGCUGUGUGCUGCCCGACUACUGCCACUGCCGGAAAGGUUACCAGGGCCUCACCUGUGCAGUCAAGGCAUCUCAAGCAUGAUGGGCAUCAGACGCAACGGGACAAACCGAGCUACAAAAUGCACAAAGCAGGUUGAUGAGUGAGUGAGUGAGUGAGUGAGUGAGUGAGUCUGAAUGCUUGCAGAGGAACGGGAUGUUUUGCACAUUUAUUGUUGUUAAUCUGUCUCUUUCACUACCUCAGAGCUCAUACAGACCAGUGUUCCUGAACAGUAUUAUACUUUAAAUCAUGACACAUGGAUCAGUUUUACAUUGUGAUUCAUUUUCAAGGCUCUAGUCUAGGGAUGCACAGACACCGAUACCAGCAUCAGGUCCGAUGCCGCAGAGUAAGUCGUACUCCUAAAAGCUCCCCAAUACAACUCGAGUGUUACGUGACGUGGCGUCAGCACCGCAGCCUGCAGGGACACGAGUGAUGCUGUGUGGUAAAUAUGAUUAAUGCAGGACUGAUGCACAGCAGCACACAGCCUUUGCACAUGGAGUAUGAAUUCAGCUUUAUGGCAUUUGAUAUUGGUACUAUCAGAAAGCAGUACUCUAAAAAGCAGUGUCGGUGCAUCCGUUCUUCAAACUGAUGUGCACUGUUCUUUUCAUAUAUAUAAAGCUAUUUGGUGCAGAUCAAAUUUAAAUAGAAGGCAUUACCAGGAACAUGUUGUAGAUUUUAAAAAAUGUUUUUUAUUUUCCUUUUGUAAUUCCCAUUAAUAUAUUUUAUAACUAAUCAAUAUGAGCUGAUACCAGAUUUGAUCAAAGCAGCAGUUGUUUCUGGUUUGAUUCAUAAAGAAUAAUAUGAUGAUUACAUUGUGGUACAAUUAUUU